AUGGCCUGCAUCGGUGCUGAGAGUGCCUGCGUGGACGUCGAUGCUCUGUUCGCGAGCUGCUGGGAGCAGAACGACUCCCUCACUCGCUUCUUCUGCAGCAUGAUUGCAGCUCCACGCCUGGCCGUCUCCAGUUGGAUCAGGCCAUGCGAGCAAGCAGCAGCGGAGGUGCAGUCCGUACCCGUUCUCCCUGUUGUCGCUCUUCUGGAAGAAGCUGUGUCAGCGGAUACGGAAUCCGUCCACCAUUCCACUGAGGCUGGCAAGGCGGAUGCUGCAACUGUGACUGCUGCCGUUCCGUCUGAGGAAGCUGAGGAAAUAAAGAAACCGUUGGAAUUGAAGAAGAAAGUGUCUUCAUUCCUGGAGCUGCUGGCUCAAGAAGGCUCACUUGCCUCACCCACGGUUAAGGCUGUUGCUUCCUCAGCCAAGGUUGCAGCCUGGUUGGGUGUGGAAUCUGGAUCAGAGCAGGGUGGGAAGGUGGGAGCAGAGGCGAGCAGCGGGUGGUGCAGCUUGAGUCGCAGUGAGAGCAGCUGCAGCAGCCACAGUGCGUGUCUCAUCCACCUCUCCUCGGACUCCUCCUCCUGCUCCUCCUCCGCUCACAGCCUCUGCAGCAGCCCCACUGGCUUGACGGAGGAGGUAGCUGGUGUGAAGAGGGGGAUUGGUCGCGGCGUUUCCAGCAUUGGGAAAGGAUGCUCUCUGUCCACUGCGUACCAUUUCACUGAGCUCUUGGCAGCUGAAAAAAAAUCAGUGAAGAGUAGGAUCGGUAAGGGUCCUUUCUGCAGUGGGAAGGACUGGAGCAUGGAGGUGAAGGGGUUUGGGAAGGCGGAGCAAGGACAGACGGUCUCAAACCUUUUGUAUGGGUAUGACGAUGAGGAGGAAGAGGAGGAGGAUGGUAGCAGCAGAGAAAGGUCCAAGAUCUCUGGGACUGGAACUAUGUGCUACAUGAAUCAGCUGUACAUGGAUGAGGAAGAGGAGGAGGAGAGGGAGGCGUUGGCAGCAUCAGGCAUCUCAGUUGGCAUCGGUAGGUUUGGAGCCAGGCGGAGAAUCACCGGCUCUAGCAGCCGGGUCACUCUUAGCAGAAUGAGCGGUGCACUGAGACAAUAUUAG